AUGGUAUCAGCAGACGACUUGGUGAUCAUCUUCCGCCAGCAACCAGGGUUUCGAUUCCAUCCCACCCAAGAGGAACUCGUCCUCUACUAUCUGAAACGAAAGAUCUGCCACAAAACGUUCAAGCUCAACAUCAUCACCGAAACCGACGUCUACAAAUGCGAGCCGGAGGAGCUUCCCGGUUUGUCUUUAUUACAAACCGGAGACCGGCAAUGGUUCUUUUUCAGCCCCAUAAAUUGCAAGUACCCUAAAAAAUCGACAAGAAUGAACAGAGUGACCAGACUCGGCUACUGGAAAGUUACAGGAAAAGAUCAAACGGUUAUACAUAAUUCACGUCCAGUUGGAGUAAAGAAAACCCUAAUUUUCUAUAAAGGCCGUGCGCCGAGGGGGAAUCGAACUGAUUGGGUGAUGCAUGAGUAUACUUUGCACGAUGAGGAGCUGAAGAGAUGUGGGAAUGUGCCGGAUCCUUAUGCUCUUUGCAAGGUUUACAAGAAAAGUGGACUGGGGCCGAAAACCGGUGAGCACUAUUGGGCUCCGUUUCAGGAGGAAGACUGCUCUGAUAUGGAUGAAGUAGUCCAAGAAACCCCAGUGAAGAAAAUUGAGGAUCAGAUUAGAGUUACUCCAGGCGUUAAUAGUUACAGUGAAAGUUAUGAAAUCCAACAUUCUUCGUUUGAUGAGGACAUGGAGGAGUUCAUGAAAAGGAUUGCUGGUGAGGCUGAGCAAGACAUGUAUUAUGAAGCAAGCAUGUUUCUACAAGACUUGAGGCCUAGGUUUGAUGAACAUCUAUGUAUGGAUCCAGAGCUGGACGCGGGUAAUUAUAUUGACCAUGAUCAGCUGAACGCAGAAGAAUCAAGUCAGUUUCACAAUCAGGAUGAAUGA